AUGUCGCUGGGCGUGCGCUUGUCGAAGAAAGAUGCGCUUUUGGGCGUGGCUGAGGGCGUGGAUAGCGUGCUAGCGGAGGGCAGCGUGGGAGAGUACAGGAAAGGCGCUGUUCUGGGGUACUAUGCCCCGGGGGAGUGCUCGUACGUGGGCGGAGACAUGCCAAAUAGCUCCGUCCGAAAGGGAAUUGUAAACAUGCAGGAAACAGACAAAGCCGCACAUGCAGUUUUAUUCCAGACGAAAGACCCGAUGGCGUGGUGA